AUCGCAUUGAGCUUUUGACGGUGUCGGACGCAGUUGGACGCAGCUCAACGGGGAUUGGCACCAAAGUUUCAUGUGUGUGAGCUCCAGCGCCGCCGUGGCCCCGGGCCCCCCACGCAAGUGUCAAUAACUCUCACGCCGUGCCGUGUGAAUGAUGUGUCAAAUCAGGAGCUGGAGUCUCUAAUCUUCGCCUCAAACUGGAAUAGACGCCAGUGCCACAGUCAGCUACCCGGGAUUCCGCGAUUCCGGGGCUCCAACUCCGAGUAAGGCCUUCAGCCUCCUCCUGUGUUCCCAGUUUCGCUGCCGACUCCAGCGGACUGUUGUCUUGACCCUUGUCCAAUCUAACGGAACAAACGCCCGGCGGGAAGGGAUCAUGAGGGAGACGGUGCAGGCGGCGAUGGGCAGCAGCAGACUGCAGCCGCGACUGCAGUAGAGCCGCUCCUGCAUGCAUUGCGAGCAUGUGCAUCAUCUGUAGCGCCAUCUCUGUCUCAUCAUCUGAGCACCCGAGUCUGAGUCUGAGUCUGAGUCGGAGCCGGAGGCGCGAUCGCGUCUGCGUCUGAGUGGCUUCAGCAGCAGCAGGGUGGCGCAGUUGGCAAAAUGAGUGCGUGCGAGCCGGCAGUCGGCGAGGAUGCGAGCCACAGCAGUCACAGUCGCAGUCGCAGCCGCAGCGAGGUGGACACGGGGGACACGGACUCGGCGACCCAUACGGAGGAGAACAUACAGCAGCAGUCCAAUGGUGAGCAGUCCCCCCACAACAGCGUUCAGCAGGAGGAGGCGAACGAGUCGAAGGCCCAGGCCAAGCCGGAGACGGCACUGCUGGAGGGCCUGGCCGGUAGUGGGAUGGCCGCCCCCUCCAUAGAUGCGCUGGUGGCCUGCAAGGAUGUGCUCCUCGCCCAGAAGCUCUUCGCAAGCGGUGGCAGCAAUGUGCCCGGACCCGCACCGGGAUCUGGGUCAGCAUCGGGUGCCGUUACCAGUCCCAGCCCGAAAGAGCUGCUCAAGCUAAAGGAACCGAUGCGAGUGGGCUUCUAUGACAUCGAGCGGACCAUCGGUAAGGGUAACUUUGCCGUGGUGAAGCUGGCACGGCACAGGAUCACCAAGAACGAGGUGGCCAUCAAGAUCAUUGACAAGUCGCAGCUGGACCAGAUCAACCUCCAGAAGGUAUACCGCGAGGUGGAGAUUAUGAAGCGGCUGAAACAUCCUCAUAUCAUCAAGCUUUACCAGGUGAUGGAGACAAAGAACAUGAUCUAUAUAGUGUCGGAGUAUGCCAGCCAGGGGGAGAUCUUUGAUUACAUAGCCAAAUAUGGCAGGAUGUCGGAGUCGGCGGCACGCUUCAAGUUCUGGCAGAUCAUCUCCGCGGUGGAGUACUGCCACAAGAAGGGCAUCGUCCAUAGGGACCUGAAGGCCGAGAACCUGCUGCUCGAUUGCAGCAUGAGCAUAAAGAUCGCGGACUUUGGCUUCUCCAAUCACUUCAAGCCGGGCGAGUUGUUAGCCACCUGGUGCGGAUCCCCGCCCUACGCCGCCCCCGAAGUGUUCGAAGGCAAGCAGUACACGGGACCGGAGAUCGACAUCUGGAGCUUGGGCGUAGUCCUGUAUGUGCUCGUUUGUGGAGCUCUUCCUUUUGAUGGCUCCACGCUGCAGAGCCUGCGGGACCGGGUACUGUCUGGGCGUUUCCGCAUCCCUUUCUUCAUGAGCUCCGAGUGCGAGCACCUCAUCCGUCGCAUGCUGGUGCUCGAGCCCACCCGCCGCUACACCAUUGAGCAGAUCAAGCAUCACCGCUGGAUGUGCCCAGAGCUGCUGGAGCACGCCCUGAUCGCCAAGUACAACAUGAACGUGGACCGGCAGACGGUACUGGAGCCCAGCGAGGAUAUUCUCCGGAUCAUGGCCGAGUAUGUGGGCAUCGGGCCGGACAAGACGCGCGCCAGCCUCAAGAAGGACACCUACGACCAUGUGGCAGCCAUCUAUCUACUGCUCCAGGAUCGCGUCAGUCACAAAAAGGACCAGGCCCGACCCACCGAGGGGUCGUCGCCAGUGCCACCGCCACCCUCUGCCCCUGUAGGUUGUGGAUCUGUUUCCAGCGGGGGCAGUGGUGGUGGCGGUGGCGGUGGCGGUGUUGGUGGCAGCAGCAGCAGCUCCAGCCGCUUGCUCUACAAGAGCAGCAAGCAAUCGCUCAGCCUAGAGCAGCAGCAUCAACAGCAACAGCAGCUUCUCCUCAUGCAGCAUCAGCAGCAGCAGCAGCAAUCAAAGACAAUAUCCACCACCACGAUCCUGGGCAAGGAUCAGCACCCACACAAAAGACUAAGCCGCCACCAGACUGUGCUCAUGAGCGAGCGACCUUUGCCCCCUGCUGAUCCCAGCUACUACUCCAAACAGAUGCAGCUGCAGCUCCACAACCACAACCACAACCACAACCACAACCUGCCCACCCAUGUUCCUGGCGCCUAUCUCAAUGGCCAGGAGGAGGCAGGCUGCAUUCCGAUGCCCGUGAGGUACACGCCACUGCCCUCCGCCUCCAAUAUUUCUUCCUCUUCGGCCGUCUCGCGAAUGGGUCGCCACAGCCUGACCUCGAGCUCUCCCAGGAGCCACCGGCCCCUGGCCAUAUCGCUGAGCAUCGACAACCAUAAUCACACCCACAAUCCCUCACUGGCCAAUCUCCGCUGCCGGGAGCUAAUGGAGCCGGGCCAGCCCAGUCCGGCGGCGGGGCCGCUGGUGUCCAAGCAGCUUCAGCAGACCAUCAGCGAGUACAUCAUCAAACAGAGCACCGAGGACUGCCGCCAGCUGCUCCAACAGUCCACGGCCAUUGCCGAGGGAAAGGAGGAGCUAACCACCAGACCGGAGAUGGCAGCCAAUCAAACCAAUGCAAGUGGAGGAAGAGCCACCACGCCUACUACCUCCUCUGGCACAGUCACAGCCACAGCUACAGCCACAGGCAAUGCCAAUGAAAAUGCCAAUACGGAGGAUCAGAACCAGAACCAGAACCACAAGCAGAAGACAAUAAAGGCCAUGUCGAGUUCAAGUAGCUUUGACUCCACCGCCAAUCUCAACCAGAGCUUUCGCUACAAGAUGUCCGCCGAGGCAAACAAGCUAUUCCAGACCCUCCAGGAGAGCCCGCUGCCCGUAGAGGUAAGUCCUAUGCCAGCUAUAGACUUAUCCUCACUCUCACCCCACUCUCAACAGAAGCCCAAGAGGAGAGGAGUGGCCAGCACCAAUGGCAAUGGCCACGAGUCCGGGCAGGAUCUGAUCGAGGGCAAGCAGAAUGGCGACAGGCGCAGUGACAAAAAGACCUUCGAGAAAAAGGUACUGGCUCAGGGCAGCUCCAGCACGGACGAGGGCUGCGAGACGGAUCAAGGCAACGAAGGUCCCACUCCCGGGACCAAGGAAGGCUCCCAAUCGAGCAGCGACUUGACCACCACCGCACACAGCGGUAGCGGCAACGGCAACGGCCACGGCCAUAGCCAGACCACCCGGAUGCGUUCCUAUGCCAGCAGCAGCAGCUCCAGCGGAGUGCUGGCCUCCGGCAGCUACUCGAAGAGCCUCAGCCAGAACUUGAGCCGCGGCUCCUCGAAGAGCAACUGCAGCGCCGGGGCCUACGAUAGCCUGGACUUUGUCCUGCCCUCCGGCAGCCUGCCCUCCUGCAUGGGAUCCAGCUCAAUGCUGGCCGCCGCCGCCUCCGUCGCCGGAGCAGCCGGCUCCAGCGAGCACUCCUCGGAGCGGUCACUGUACAGCAGCCACAACUCCUGCAUCCACAUGCCCAGUGCCGUCAACCUCAGCCUGACCGCCAGCUCCACCCCAAAUCCCACUCCUCCACCACCACCAGCGGGAGCGGGGGGUCCCUUCCUGGAUAAGCGCUCGCCCAUCCACUUUCGGGAGGGGCGACGGGCAAGCGACGGACUGGUGGCCCAAGGUCUCCUCAGCUCCGGGGGCGGAUCGCUCUUGGGCAGCAGCCGCGUAUACGGCAGCUACCGCUACGACCAGGUCAAGCGGCAUGGCUGGCUGGAGAUACAGCAGCUACAGCAGGAGGCUGCCACUCAUCCGCAUUCGCAUCAGCAUCAGCACACGCACCCACAUCCGGCUCCUCCAUACGGGCUGGAGGAGCUCAGCCUGGGCAACUGUCAAUUCCCCAACAGUCAAUUCUAUGCGCUGCCUGGAGGCAAGCCGCAUCACCAUCAUCCCCUGCUGACGCUCCCGCACCACCAUCAACAUCAGCAGCACCACCAUCAUCCUCAUCCUGGUCAUGGUCAUGGUCAUGGUCAUGGUCAUGGUCAUGGUCAUGGCCAUGGGCUCUUCCAUCCGGGGUCUCCGGGAGGGCCAGUUCCAAUUCCGCUGCUCUUGGAGGCGGCUGGUGGUGAUAUUUACAACCACGCAUGCUAUGCCCCGCCACCGCCACCACCGGGCCUCUAUUCGCAUCAGCACCAGCUCGGUAUGGCGGUGCCCAUGUCGCCCAUGCAGAAGCCGCCGCUGCAGCAGCAGCUACUCCAGCAUCGCCUGCUCCAGCAAAAGCGGCAGCUCUUCCAGAAGCAGUACGCUCUGGAGGCGCAGCUGGCCGGUCGCCAUCACCACCAGCAGCACCACCAACAGCAGCACCAGCUCCACCAGACUGCACACUUUAACCACGGGCAUGGGCACGGACACGGGCACAGCCUAAACCACGGACUGAACCUUGGGCUGGCACUUGGUCACGUAUCGCCAGCGCCGAUGCCGGACCAGCACCUGACUGAGGAGCUGUACGAGCUGGCCAUGCUGGACCGCCCAAGGAGUGGCACUCCACGACUGCAGCACUCGCUGACGAUGCCUGGUGCGCACGCCUUCAGCCAGAUGAACCUCAAGACCUCCUACAUCAGCCAGCCGACACAGUCGGAGUCGUCAGGGCCAGGAUCGGGCUCUGGGCCAGGGUCAAUGUCGGCACCUGGAUCUGGAUCGGGAUCAGGAUCAGGGCCGCCGUCCACAGCGCCGGGAACGCCUACGUCGGUGAAGUGCAAGCCGUCAACGCCUCACGGGCACAGCCACGAGGCCGACUAUCAUACAUCGACGCCAGUGCUCAGCUUGUUCACGCCCAACUGGCAGACGCUGGUCAAGCCGCUCAGCGAGAGCCCCAUUCUGGAGAUCUCCGAGCAUAUGGAAUCGGUCUGAAUAGAAGGGAGAUGGAAAAUAGAAGUUGGAACUAAGAUGGAAAUGAACUAAUGGAGUCCGAACCAGGGCCACCUUUUUAUUAAGCUCGCAAUCGCAAUUAUGAAUUAUUUUAUCCAUAUACGAUAUACACAUACAUAUAGAUAUACAUAUACAUAUACACCUACGUAUACAUAUACAAAUACGGAUAUACAAGCAUCGAUCGCUGGAGUAGGCAAGGUCUAGGUCUAGGUCUGGGAUGGAGCUCUAACUAUAUUUGUCGGAUGGAAGCCAAUCGAACCGAGUCAAGCCGAGUCGAGCCGAACCGAACCGAACCAUUGCCGUACGAGUAAUAUUGGAAGAAUAAUUUAGUUGUGUUACUAGCCCUAAGUAGUCCAAAAGUUUCGUACGCGUACGCCGACAUACAUACAUACAUACAUAUACAGUAUGUAUAUGUAUAUUGAUAAUAAUAGCGUUAAGCUAUAGCUCUACUUAUGAUUAUACUUACUACGAGCAUACACUCGGAAUAGCCCCGCCCUCCGUUCUCCCAUUGGACCGACUACUCCGAGACAGCAUUUUGGGUAAAAGUCUUGAGAAGGGUUCCCGCGGAGUUGAGCUGGGAGUGGGAAUCGAUGUUAGUCGAUGCGAUGAGAGAGCUGGAGAAGAACAACGUAACUACAUAUAUCAAUUAUUCGAAGCAUUUAUUGGGGCUAUAGAUACGUACAUAUGUCUGUAUACGGAUAUAUGUUUAUAUCCCUAUGUAUUGGUACAAUAAUUAGCGACAAGCAACAACUAAAACCAAAACCAAACAUCGAUUGUUCUUAAACAUGGAAUUCAAAUGUAAACCAGAUAUUAAAGUUAUUUGGUAUAAAAUGCAA